CAGGCGUCUGUGGCUUGGUCCUGAGUGGCGGCUGGCGGGGACGCGGAAGCGAAAGACGGAAGCCCGGAAUGAAGGAUAACUGUCAGAGAAAUCGCAGAAUUUGACCAAAUUUUCGGACCGGAGUCGAUCGUUUUAUACAACAACUACCCGUAUUCCACAUCGGCCCUCGCUGCAAUGAUUCUGCUAGAGAUCAACAACCGGAUCAUAGAGGAAACGCUGUCGCUUAAGUUCGACGGCGCGUCCAACGGAACAAAACCGGAGGCUGUGGAGGUGACCUUUGCAGACUUCGAUGGCGUCCUCUACCACAUCUCCAACCCCAACGGAGAGAAGACCAAGGUGAUGGUCAGCAUCUCCCUCAAGUUCUACAAGGAGCUGCAGGAGCAUGGCGCGGAUGAGCUGCUGAAGCGAGUCUAUGGGAACUUCUUGGUGUCGCCUGAGUCUGGCUACAACGUGUCCUUGCUGUAUGACCUGGAUGCGGUCCCGGCCGACAAGCAGGACGUGAUCCACCAGGCGGGCAUGCUGAAGAGGAACUGCUUCGCCUCAGUCUUCGAGAAGUACUUUAAGUUCCAGGAGGAGGGUCGGGAGGGCGAGGCCCGGGCCGUGGUCCACUACCGGGACGACGAGUCCAUGUACCUGGAGGCUAAGAAGGACCGCGUCACCGUGGUGUUCAGCACCGUGUUCAAAGAUGAUGAUGACGUCAUCAUCGGGAAGGUCUUCAUGCAGGAGUUCAAGGAGGGCCGGCGGGCCAGCCACACGGCCCCCCAGGUCCUGUUCAGCCACAGGGAGCCCCCCCUGGAGCUGAAGGACACAGACGCCGCCGUCGGGGACAACAUCGGAUACAUCACCUUCGUGCUGUUCCCACGUCACACCAGCCUCAACUCCAGGGACAACACCAUCAACCUCAUCCACACCUUCCGCGACUACCUGCACUACCACAUAAAGUGCUCCAAGGCCUACAUUCACACACGCAUGAGGGCCAAGACCUCAGACUUCCUCAAGGUGCUGAACAGGGCCCGCCCUGACGCUGAGAAGAAGGAGAUGAAGACCAUCACGGGCAAGACUUUUACACGCUGACGACCAAUCAGAAAGCGACGAACUGGACACGCCCACAAGGAGUCAGACGCAAAGGCCACAUUGGACAGGACUUCAGGAUGCCCGCCCCAUCCCCCCCUCCCCUCUCCCCUCUCCCCCCUCCCCUCUCCCCUCUCCCCCCUCCCCUCUCCCCUCUCCCCUUCCCCCCUCCCUCCUGACCCAAAAUCCCAGGAAAACAUGUCCAGGCUGUUAUGUUUUUUAUUUGAUCAUUAUUUUCCAUUGUUGUUUUUUCGGAACAAUAGAGUUGCCUGUUUGAUUCAAGACGGCUCCACUUAGGGAUUCCGAGGCUUAAAGAUGAUGGAGAGGGGGGUGGGGGGGGGGGAAUAAGACAAGACACAAAAUAUGGGCAUUUGUUCCUUGCUUUGCAUAGUUAAAGAGAAUUACUAGUCCUAUAUAAAUAUAUAUAUAUAUGAAAAAAAACAAGACAUUUUUGAUACGAUAUCUUUUACUCCAUUGGGUACUCUUGCCUUGCCUCCCCCUCCUCUCGAACCCCCGUCCUAACCCCAGAUGUGUUCCCCCAACCCUCCCCUUUUAAGUAUUACCAAGGCAUACAAUGACGUCCGAACUCCCCUUCCUUUCCCCUCUCUCUCUCCCUCCCCCUUUCUAUCUUGCCCUCUCCCUCUGCCUUCAUGUUGUGGUUACCAUUGUCAUUGGGAAAAAAAUUAAAUCACUUACAAAACAAUCA